AUGACAUACCGAGUCGGACUCCCGAGGUCUCCAACUUCAUCCGCUUGUGUUCGAACGGCGUUUCUGCUUCUUCACGAUCAUACUCUCCACUCACAAUGGCUUCAUUCGCGCGCUCAUCUCUGCUGCGACAGACUCUCGCCCCCCGGGCGCCCUUCCCUCCAGAAGAAUGUCGGCGUCUCGCAGGUCGUUGCUUUCCAUGCCUCCGCUAAGAAGCAGAUCCUGCCCCCGUUGCCUCAGUCUGUCCAGGGAACCAUGAACGACCCUGCUCCCAUUCCCGAAACCCACCCCUCCGAGGGCAGCUACCACUGGUCUUUUGAGAGACUGGUCUGCGUCGGUCUGGUUCCUCUCACCUUCGCCCCCUUCGCCGCUGGCUCCCUCAACCCCGUCAUGGACGCCAUCCUGUGCUCUCUGCUUGUCGCCCACUCGCACAUCGGAUUCCAGGCCGCCAUUGUCGACUACUUCCCCCCUUCCCGUGUGCCUAAGUUCCGCGCCACCUGCAACUGGCUCCUGCGCGCAUUCACCCUCACCACCGCUGUUGGUCUGUACGAGUUCGAGACGAACGAUGUUGGUGUGACCGAGGCUCUGCGUCGUAUCUGGACGGCAUAG